UAGUUGGAGGAGUCAUGCUCAUCACCCCAAACAACAUCAUGUUUGACCCUCACAAAUCCGAUCCCUUGGUCAUAGAAAAUGGGUGUGAAGAGUAUGGGCUUAUUUGUCCAAUGGAAGAAAUAGUCUCCAUAGCACUUUACAGUGACAUCUCUCAUAUGAAACUCAAAGAUGUGCUACCUUCUGACAUACCAAAGGAUCUUUGUCCUUUGUACAGGCCUCAGGACUGGGCAGACCUAUCAUCUGACAAAGAUUUAAGUCCCUUUAACAAGUUCAAGGCCAUGAGUAAAGAGAAAUGUCAAAACAAUGCAAGAGUUUGUGAUAUCCCAUUGGAAUGUAAGACCACUGAACUCCCUACAAUUGUGGAUGGAGUAUGUUCAGACACUGCUGUUGGGAAAGAGUCCCAAGCUGGAGUACCAGUGUACAUCAAAGGACCUACAGAGUUACAACCAGUAAUACUGUCUGAGAAAUUGAGCACAACCUCUGAAUCAGUGGAGAUGACUGGGAAAACCUCCAGAGCUGAGGACAUGGCCAUCAUAGAUCUGACUACACUGGUUUCAUCUCUUUCUGUGGGAGACAGAGAGAAAUGUUAUGGGGAAGCAAGUCCUAAUACAGAGACUGUAACAACACCAAGUACUGUGUGCGAAGGGAAGAAUGUAACUGUGUCACUGAAUGGCAAUAAAUGGCACACUAAUAUGCUAAAGGUGUCACUAACACAUCCGUCAAAUGAAACUUGUUGCUCUAUGGAAAAUAUAACGCAACUUCUGCAAGACUGCAGGCCUGAAAUGGGGCCUACGUUAGUGUCUCAGGUUAAUGACGUCCCACUGCCUGAUAAUGAACUUGAAGUAUUUAACAACAGGAAAUUUGAAAUAUGCAGUUCAGAAGUUAUGGACAGAAGCCAGUCUGCUGGAACUGUACUAGUUAGCCUGGAAGUACCUGAAGUAGUAGUGAGCGAUGAAAGCUCUCCACAGACUUCUUCACCGGAGGAGCUGCAGAGUCAAGAAAUUGACAGCGAGUCUGAAGUCAAAAUGUGGCUGUUACAGAAGAUCCAAGGACCAAUAGAAGAUAUAAUUCCAUCUAAGGACGAGACAAGCAAGAAUCCUCCCAUGUUUCUGUGUUUGAGGGUUGGCAAACCUAUGAGAAAAUCAUUUGCUGUUCAGAGUACAUUUAUGACACCUCAGUACUCACGAAAAGGAAGUCAGUCAGAGUAUUGGUUUGCAGUUCCACAAGAGAGGGUCGACCAGUUGUAUGCAUUCUUUGUUCACUGGUCUCCGGAGGUCUACGGAAAAGAAGCAAAAGAUCAAGGAUUUGUUGUUGUAGAAAAAGAUGAACUGGAUAUGAUCGACAACUUCUUUAGUGCUCCAACUGCUAAAAGCUGGGAGAUCAUCACAGUGGAAGAGGCAAGGCGACGUAAGAGCAUUUGUAGCAUUUAUGAUGAAGAUGGCGAUGAUUUGAUUUUCCCCAGCCUGACAGAUGUCAGUGUAAUUCUUGGAAACCAUCAUAUUGAAAAGCUUAUACAGCACCUUCCUGCGAGGACUCAGGGGUAUGCGUGGAAGCUGAUGUAUAGCACUUCAGUCCAUGGAACCAGUUUAAAAACCCUGUACCGUAAUUUGGCAUGUUUCGACAGCCCGGUGCUUCUAGUGAUCAAAGAUAUGGAUGAUCAGGUGUUUGGUGCAUUGGCGUCACAUCCUUUCAGAAUAAGUGAUCAUUAUUAUGGCACUGGAGAAACAUUCCUAUUUACAUUCAACCCAGACUUUAAGAUAUUUAGGUGGAGUGAGGAGAACUCUUAUUUCAUCAAAGGAGAUGUCGACUUCUUGGAACUGGGAGGAGGUGGAAGUGGCUAUUUUGGACUCUGGGUCGAUGCAGAUCUGUACUAUGGCAGAAGUAAUCCAUGCAGCACCUUCAACAAUGAAAUGUUAUCUAGCACAGAAGAUUUCACAGUGCAGGACCUUGAAGUGUGGACAUUCAUGUAAAGCUGAAAUGGAAAUGUGACUGUUGCCUUUCUUGAAGCCAUUUUCCUGUAAUGUGGCAACUUGGACACACUAGUUUCUAAAUGCCCAUUACAUUCUGCCUUCUCUAAGAUAACAGUGAUGUCUCCUUUUCUGAAUUAGAAGUGCUUGUUCAGUGCAAGGGCUCUCAACACAGAUUUAUGUCAACUUCUGGUAGGCUGACAUAGUCGAAGAGGAAGAACAAAAAGGAAGUAGUGCUCCACUUUGUGACUUUCAAUGGUUAACAGUAUGUUUUAAGACCUUAAUGUGCUUGAAAAGCAACAAGUGCAGUCUGAUUGUGGAGAGAACAUUAUCAGAUGUAUUCCAGGUAUUUGCUAGCUAAAGAAAUGGGUUAAGACCGAAGUAAUUAAUUUGCCAAAGUCUGAAGAAUUACUGACUAAUAAGUACUUUCACUCCAGAAUGUCUGUAUGCAUGUAUUAUACACUUGAAAGAGAACAUGCAAGUAUAUUGUUGUAUGCUAUCAAACAUGCAAUCUUUAUUCAAUAUUGUACUCGCUACUUAAGAAAUCCAUUUCAGAUACUGUGAGUAUAUCAUUUUAAAAAUGUGAAGGCUGUUUGUGUUCAGACAGUAUAUCUUGGAGGAAGUGUCCACCUGUCAGUGGCCUCAGUGAGAGGCCAAAUUUGGUCAGCAUAAAAUUUUUUCCCUUUGUUUAGUAAACCAUGUGUUUGGCUAGGCAUGGUUGUCCUUCCAAGAAUAUGAAACAGUCUUGACUAUUGUACCUGCCAGUUCCUGUGGUUAUCCAUAAGCCUAAGGGCACAUUAUGCUUCAUGAAACUAGAACUGUAAUGUGUGCAGAAGGAUUUAUCACUGAAUCUAUUACCAGAUUUGAUUUCCAUGCUAGUUAGCUCAGUUCUGUCCAGGUGCUACAUUGUAUUGCCAUUUGUAAAAGAGUUUCUAUCAAAAGCUGGCAUAUUGCAGCUGCAGGUACAUCUGGACCUGUGCACAUGUUCUUGUGACUGCUUCACUUUAUCUUGGUAGUGUUCGUUGGACAUGCACAGGAGGUUGUGUAUAGUGGCAGAAUAGUACUUCUUUUUAUAAAGACUAGCAGGCUGGCUGGGAUGACUUUAGAAUUAACCCAAGUUAAGGCUAAACUGUUAAACGUAAUGCUGAGAAAAAAGAAAGCAGGUGGACAUUUCCCUUUAAAGAGAAAAUAUGAUGUUCUUCGUGUUUCAGUGUUGCAGUCCUGACUUAUGAGAUUUCCUGCUUCGGAAGCCCUUGGUCAGCCCGACUAUCAGAAUAAAAAAAAUCUCUCCUCCCUGGACUGGCAGACUCCCUACUCUGACAUCAGUAUGGUUGGGUAUAAAGGGAGCCUGCCAAUGCCAUGCCAUCAUUUUUUUUUACCAUCAGAGCCUGAAGCAGUUGUGAGUGCAUUGGUCAGUCCACACUGGAGUGAGAAAUCUUCUAAAGCCAGGUACCCUGUUGGGGAACUCUCUUUAUUACCUGUGACUCAUGUUAGAUAAAGUUAACAACUGUCUUCGAUGUGGUAAACAAAUCCCACAUAGAGACUCUCUUACCUUGUGUGUCGCUUGUUUAGGCCCAAACCACGAUGUCCCUAAUUGCUGUCUGUGUGCCCUUUUCAGUUCUAGGACCAUAAGAUGUAGGGCCGAAGUCUUAUCUAAGUACCUUCGUCAGCAAUACGCUUCCCGUAACAUGUUGGCAUCUGUCGGCCAUCUCGAGCUUGACCAGUCUAAGAGAAGGAAAACAGACCCAAACGUUUGGCCUCUGACAACCUUUUUCUACAUCCGCUAGUCCCCCAGGGCUCAUUAUUGCAGAGGAAGGAGAGGUGCCUUUGCAGCCCCCUUCUGUGAGUGAGGUAGUGGCGCAGGCCUCUGUUAAGACCCUUUCAUAGUCCAACAUGCUGUUGGAUUCCUCAGCUUCAGCUUAGGCCUUGGCCGUCGGUUCAUCUGUUGAGUCCAGAAUUGCUCAGCAGACCUCGGCUUCUGUGAACGAUCUUCAGCCGACGACUUCCCUUUGGGGCGUCCGCCUACAUCUGUUAUUUCUUUCAAAGAAACUGACAAAGUACUGGGUGUGCACAGGCCCAAGGCCAAAGCUACACCUAAGAAGAGCUCAUUCUCGACCUCAGGUCCUGUGCCUAUGCCUACCAGCUCGCUCACCACAGGUUAUCAGCAGGAUUUGGUCAGGUCGGCAGAGGACCUUAUGUCUUUAGUCAGAGGCAGGCAGACCCCCCCCCCCCCCCAAACGACGACGUCCCUUUGGGGCAUCCCCCUACAUCGGUUAUUUCUUUCAAAGAAACUGGCAUCAGAGUACCAGGUGUGCACAGGCCUAAGGCUACACCAAAGAAGAACUCAACUUCAUGUCCUGUGCCGUGGCCUGCCGGCUGCCACACCACAGGUUAUCAGCAGGAUUUGGUCAGGUUUGCAGAGGACCUUAUUGCUUUAGUUAGAGGCAGGCAGUCCAACCCCCCCCCCCCCCCCCAAGAAUCUUCACCAGGAAAAAGGAAGAGACCCUACACCUGAGACCUUUUCAGAACCUCCUUAUUCAGAUCAGGACUCUGAUCAGGAGGACUGUGUCCUUGAAGAAGAACCCUUUCUUGCCUCCUUUGAGGAUUCUGAUUCAGAAGAGGUUUUACACUCUGCUUCACCCCCUGAGAAUAUUACCUUUGGGGAGACGCUGCAUGCCAUAAGAGAGUUUUUCCAGUGGCAGGCACAGGAAUACCCCCCAGUCUAAAAAGAGGGUCAGGGAGUUCCUUGAUCUCCCACAGCCCCAAACCCUUGGCUGUCCCUCCAGUUUUGGAAGCGGUAGAAGAUGUCUUCAUGGAAUCAUCUCUCAAUCCAGACUCUCUUCCCCCAGCCCCUCGUAAACCAGACAGGUGUUACAGGGUACUAGACUCUCAUAAAUUCCUUUUUAAGAACCCCUCUGCUGACCCAUAGGUUGUCACUUUCUGGACCCAAAGGAGUCAGGGCUAGUACUUCUAAAACCCAUUACCUACAGACAAAGAAGGCAGGGCCCUUGACAGGUUUGGGAAGAAGAUUUGUACUUCCUCUACUCUGACCAUGAAGGCCCUCAACUGCCAAUUCCAAAUGAUAAAAAUACCAGCAAAAUAUUUUGGAAAAAAGAUAAAGCAAAAGAUAUCCUCCCUAGAGGACAAGAGCACCUCCAAGGAAUUGCUAGAUCUCUGCAUUCCAGUUCCCAAGUAGCUAGGCACUCCUUGCACUGUGGAUAUUAUGCCCUAGAGGCAUUUACCUGAGCUGCUGUUUCUGGCCUGUUCAUCAGAAGGCAUGCUUGGCUUAGGGAACAGACAUUACCAGAAUAUGUCAAAUCUAAACUACUAGAUGCACCCCUGGAUAAAGACUCCCUUUUUGGACCAAAGGCUGAGACGGUGUUAAAAAAUAUGGAGGAUAAAGCAAAAUCCAUGCAGACUGUCAAAGAUGUCCUCCCAAGUCCAGCAACCUAGGUUCAAUAGGAAUUUUCCCAUUAAGCAUUGGUCCUUUCCCUCCCAAUCAAAACCCAGUUGAAGGAAAACCCAAAGAGAAAAGGCCUCAUAGCCAGCAGCAAAAAUCUCAGAGGGCAAGGCAAUGAUACUCAGGAACACCCAGGCUGAGAAGUUCAAGACCACAGGGUCCUAGCAGAGAUCAGCUGUCUUUUCCCCCACCCAGUCCCCAACCCCCAACCUCAAACAAGAUAGGUGGAAGACUUUUCACUGUUCAAGGAAAACUCGGCCCUCGUCACCUCUGACAAGUGGGUUCUAUAAAUAAUCUCAAACGGUUACAAGCCGACUUUCAAAAAACAGUUAAGAUUCUCAGGCUACCCUGAUGGGCCUCAAAAACAAAGAGCUGGUGCCAUUUCUCAGAUUCACAACCUGUGCUCUCAAGGCUCUGUGGAAAAAGUACCAGACCACCAGAUAGGAAAAGGGUUUCUACUCCAGGCUAUUCCUGGUCCACAGGAAAGAAGGCUCUUGGUGCCCUAUCCUGAAUCUGGCCAUCCUCAAUCAGUCCCUCCUAGUUACAAAAUUCAAAAUGCUUACUCUUCAAAAGCUUCUUCCCAUGUCCACUCCUCAGGCUCUAAUGGUUACCUUAGACCUGAAAAACACCUACUUACACAUUCUUGCAGAAGAAUCCUGCUGAAGUUUUCUUUGCUUCAGAGCAUGUACCAGUCACUUUCAGUUCUCUGCACUUCCCUUUGGCUUGUCUACUGCUCCUAGGGUCUUCACAAAAUGUUUGGCCCCUGUGAUCGCCUUCUGCAGAACUAGAGGCAUCCAAAUUUACCUUUAUCUGGAUGACUGCCUCAUUCAAGCCACAGGUCAGUCAAAGCUCCUCAAGGAUUUGGCCUUCACCCAGACCCUACUCUGUUCCCUAGGGUUCACCAUAAACCUCUGCAAAUCCAACACAAACCCUUCCACUAGGAUAGUUUUCCUGGGGGCCCUACUGAAUCCUUCCCCCAGGCAAGGCUUCUUCUUAACACAAUACUUCCCGGACAUUAUGCAGAGGCAAUGCCUUUCAGCCAGGGAAUUUCUGAGAGCGCUGGGCUACAUGACAUCUUGUAUACUAAUGAUCCCUCUGGCUACGCUACACAUGAGGAAGCUUCAGUGGUACUUAAAGAAUCUGUAAUGCCAGCACUCGCAGUCCCUGGCGACAGAAAUCCACCUUAUUCACGGCCUCAGGGAGGAAUUGGUUUGGUGGGCACAAGCAUGUGUACAGAACCAGGGUCUUCCCUUCAGAAUUCAUCCCUCAGGGCCAAACCUUAACCACAAAUGCAUCAGACAGCCUGGGAAGCUCAUUUCCAGCACCUUCUAUCCCAGGGCAAAUGGGAAGAGCAGUUCAGACACAGGCACAUAAAUUGGAAAGAAUUGAUGGCAGUACAGAAGGGCGUGGUGGCCUUCAAGGAUCACUGGAAACCAGGGGUUCUACUUAUCAAAAUAGACAACACAACAGUCGUGUGGUACAUAAACAAGGGGGCACCCACUCCUACCCUUUUUGCCGGCUGGCAGUGCAGAUCUGGGAGACAGACAAUUCUAUGGGGUUGCACCUGAUGGCUCAGUACCUUCCUGGGGAUCAGAACACAGAGACUGCCUCAGCAGACACUUAAUGGAGCCUCAAGAGUGGCAGCUGCAUGGGGAAACAUUUCUCAGCAUGGUCCAGAAAUUGGAAUCCCUUCAAAUAGACGUGUUUGCCACUGAAGAAAACACUCAAAAGAUUCAGUUCCAGGAGCAAACUUCAAACAGCCUGAAGGACAGAUGCCUUCUCCUUCCUCUGAUCCACCUAUUUCUUUAUGCAUUUCCUCCCCCUGCCUCUUCUUCCAAGGGUCCUCUUAAAAAUCAGUGAAGAGGGGCCAAGGAUCAUCCUGAUAGACCAAGACUGGCCCAGGAAGCACUGGUACCCCCUGCUAGUGGGUUUGACCAAAGAAAAACCUUGGCAGUUACCCCAGAGAGUGGAUCUUCUGACUCAGGCAAAGGGAAAGUUCAUUCACCCCAACCUGCAGACACUCAAACUUUCUGCCUGGAUAAUUCAUCAAAAUUCUUCCCUGAGCAAUCCAUGAGUAGUCAGGUGCUUAAUAACCUCAGAGUCUAGACAACCCGGUACUAGGAAAACAUACUCUGCCAAGUGGAAAAGAUUCUAUUUGGUGUCAGCAACAAGGCCUCAACCCUCUCUCAACCAACAUUUCAACCAUUUUGGAGUACGUAGUUCUCUUAGUGGACAAAUACCUAUCCUUUUCAUCCAUUAAGCUAUAUGCUUCUGCUAUUUCAGCCCACAUCCCUACUCUUCCUCCUGUCUUUUCCCGCCCCCAUAAUGAAACAGUUCCUUAGUGGAGUGCUGCGUGUCAGAUCUCCCAGGAGAAAGCCCACCCCUCCUUGGGACCUCAACUUUAUUCUAGAAAAAUUAACCUUACCCCCCCCCCCCCCCUUGAACCAGCUUCUUCCACUGAUUUAAAAUUCUUGACCUGAAGACUGACCUUUUACUGACUAUCAUCUCAGCUAGAAGGGUCUCUGAAUUGCAAACCCUUAUGGCGGUGGAACCCUUUCUUAUAUUCCACCAAGAUAAAGUUUCACUCAGAACUCUAAACCUUUCUUUAUACUAGGGUGGUCACAGACACUUGUGUGAACCAAGGCAUUCACUUGCCUACUUUCUUCCCUAAACCACAGAAGCAGGGGGAUAGAAUCCUUCACUCCUUUGAUGUACACAGGCAACUUCACUGCUACCUUGACUGAACUAAAACUUUCAGAAAAAUUGGGCUGUGAAGGAAAAAUGGUCUCCAGGCAAACUGUCAUAGCAGAUCUCCCACUAUAUUUCCUUUUGUUACACCUACCAUGGCAAAACGUCCCCUGAGUAUGUUAGGACCCACUCAACUAGGGUUACUUCUACGUCCACUGUGUUUCUGAGUGGAGUACCUACCAAAGACGUUUUGGAAGCAGCUACCAGGUCAUCAGUGCAUACCUUUACCAAACACUACCACUUAUCAGCCUUCUUCAAGUCUAGAGCAGGAUUUGCCACUGCCGUCUUGCAGGACAUCCUCUCCUAUCCAUAAUUUACCUGCCCACCCUCAUGUCAGUUUUGGGAGUCAUCCCGUAAAUCAGGACUGCAAUAGUGAAACACUAAAAACAUAGUACACUUAUGUACACCUACCGUAAAUGCAGAUGUUCAAGUGUAUUCACUGCUGCCGUCUUCUUUUCCUCCCUCCUUCCCCUGGUUGUCCUUACAGUAACAGCUUAUCUCUCUCUCUCUGUCUUCCUGUUCCAGAAGACCUUCUGCACGGAUCGCGUACAGGCCUCCUUUCCUCUAACCUUGUCCCUUGCUUAAGGUUCAUCUGUGGGGCCUCCUACCUUCUAGGGGCAAGAAAAAACUGAUGUUGUGGUGUCGGCUGGCUCUCUUUAUACCCAGCCAUACUGAUGCCAGUGUAAAGUGUCUACCAGCCCAGGAGGAGGAGUUUUUUUACUCUAGUAUUCGGGCUGACCAAGGCCUUCCAAAGCAGGAAAUCCCAUAAGUCAGGACUCCAAAGGUGAAUGCACUCUAACAUCUACAUUUAUGGGAAGUGUAUACAACUGUACUUUGUGGUUAAUGUUCUCAGAAUAUUUUAAUUUCUGUUUAGUUACAUUUUGUCUUUUUUAUCGUGAUAUGUGUUAUAUUGUCAUUGUUAAUUUACUGUUCCACAUAACAAUAAUGGAAUCCUCAUUUGGAAAGUUUUGUUUAUUUUCUUCAGUGCUGGCGCUGAUUGAUUAAUAAAGUUUAACCAAACGUA